AUGUUCCGUUUGGCUGCUCUUGCUGUUGCGGCAUUGUCUGCUUCAGUGGCUUCGGCUACCAUCUCCUGUGGCAGCACUGGCGAUUCCAACUGCCCCUCCGACGCUCCGUGCUGUUCCCAGUACGGAGAGUGUGGUGUUGGUGCUUACUGCCUCGGUGGCUGCGAUCCGAGAUACUCCUUUUCUCUGGACUCGUGUACCCCUGAGCCGAUUUGCGAAAGCAAGUCCUUUGACAGCUGGGACAAUCUAGACUCCCUGGCAAAGAAUUAUGAUUACCUCGGAAACGCCAGCGACUACGACUGGGUAUACAGUGGAACCUUGCUCACCGAUAAUGGGGACCUUGUCCUGACCAUGCCCAACAACAGCGGUGGUGCGCUGGUGUCUUACAACCACUAUAUUUGGUACGGAAAGGUCUCCGGAACAUUCAAAACAUCUCGCGAUGCCGGUGUUAUCACCGCUUUUAUCCUGCUGUCCGACGUGAAAGACGAAAUCGACUACGAGUUUGUUGGUGCCAAUUUGACCACCGCGCAGACAAAUUACUACUUCCAGGGCAUUUUGGACUACGACAAUGCGGUGAAUGGUACCAUAUCCUCCGACUCAUUCGAAAAUUUCCAUACUUACGAACUUGACUGGACCCCGGAUUCCAUCACUUGGUAUCUGGAUGGUGAAUCCAUCCGCGUUCUGAACAGAAACGAAACCUAUAAUUCAACCACCAAUCAAUACGAGUACCCUCAGACCCCGGCUCGCUUGGAACUUUCUCUCUGGCCUGGUGGUGCAUCGAAUCAAGGAGAAGGUACUAUUACUUGGGCUGGUGGUCCAAUCAACUGGGAUAGUCAGGAUAUGCAGGAUCCCGGAUACUACUAUGCCAUUUUCCGCAACAUUAGCAUCACCUGCUACGAUCCCCCUAGUGGUGCCAAUAUCCAGGGCAAUAACUCGUACAUUUACACCAGUUACACGGUCACAAACAAUACCGUCGAGAUUGUCAACAACGCCACUAUCUUGAACAACUUUGAUGACACGGGCCUCAACAUGACUGCGGGUUCUUCAACAGCCACAGCCACGUCUGCUACAAAUACUGCAGUGUCUGUUCCUAGCUCGAACGGCGGCGGUUCUGGAGCCGAAAGCAACCAGGGCUCAAGCACAUCAUCUGGUAGCCAUGUCUCUUCGACCGGGUUCAGCCAGGGAGGUUCCACCCAAACCGGAGCCGCUGCAGUCAAUGAGCACGUGUUCCAAAGCUCGAUUUUCGCUGUCCUGGUCGCAGUCAUCGCUUUGGUUGUUCUUUAA